GCAGCUGCACAAUGUUUUUUAUUCAAUGGUCUAGAAUUUAUAAUUACAGAAUAAGAGAAAAAAAAAAUAAUAAUAAUACAUUAUAAUCUUCUUUUGUAAAGAAAAUAAAUAUUGAGAUCUGGGAACGUAUUACAGUUUCAAGUAUUGUUUUAAGGUCAAAUUAUAUGUGAGAUAUAUUAUCAUAUAUUAUCAACUACGUCAACUUUUUAUUCAAAAAAAUUUUUUUUUUUCUCUGCGAUAAAAAAAAAAAUUAUGGGUAUAAUAUAUUCUAGAAUCAAAGAAAGAAUUAUAAAAGUUUCUACAUUUGAUAAAAAUGAUAAAAAUGAAAGGAAUUAUAAAAAUGAUAAGAUUGAUAAAAAUUCAAUAUUUAAUCAUGAAGAACUAAAGUAUAAAUUACCUUGUAUAAGUGAUUCCUUGUCUGAAUUUCAAAGUCCUCAUUAUACUUUGCGAUAUUUAUGGCAAAGUAAUUAUUCUGCUCCUGUUGAAGAUAUUUUAUUAUCGUCUGGAGUUGUUUUAGAUGCUGGAUGUGGAUUCGGAGCAUGGUUGAUCGAUAUGGCUUUAGAAUAUCAAACGACAGAUUUUGCGGGCGUAGGAUUAAGCCCACAUCAAUUUCCAUCUCAAAUACCAAAUAAUGUUAAAUUUACUCAGGCUAAUAUUUUAUCCGGUCUUCCGUUUGAAGAUAACGAAUUUGAUUUUGUUCGUUUAUGCUAUUUUGCUAAUUCUCUUGCCUGUAGCGAAUGGGAUCCUGUAGUAAGAGAAUUAAUUCGUGUUACGAAGCCAGGAGGAUGGAUUGAAUUCGUCGAACCUGGUAUAGUUCCAAUAAAUAUGGGACCUAAAUUCACUCUACUUAUGGAUACAUUGAAACAAAUUAUAGGAGAAAGAUCAGAUGUAUCAGAAAGAUUAGAAGUAAUAUUACAAUCAACAAAUCAAUUAAAUAAUAUACAAAAAGAUUCUAAAUCAAUAAUAAUAGGAAGAUUGGGAGGUGAAGUAGGAAUAUCUCAUGAAAAUAGUAUUAUAAAGUAUUUUGUUGGUGAAUCAUCGGUAUUUAGUAAACAUUUAGGAAUUUCAUCAAAAGAUUUUGAAAAUUUAUUAGAUGAUGUUAUAAAAGAAUUUCAAACACGUAAAGUUGAGGAAAAAUUCUUUAGAUUUUGGGGUCAAAAAAUUGAAUGACGUAGAGUUAAAAUAGAUGACGUAGAAUAAAUUGUGUAAGUAAAAUUACGUAGUGUUGUAUUAUAUGAGAAUAUCAUUUUAAAAUAAAAUUAUUCACAUGAGUCUUAUGAGUCUGUAUAGUAAAUUGUUUAUUGAACUGUUCAUAAGUUACCCGCUCUUUUUUGUUCAUGCAUGUAAUUUUAAAU